AUGAGUGUCCAAGUGAAUUUGAGAGGACUGCCAUCUCACGUCCUGGCCAGUGUUUACAAACCAGAGAAUCUGAAAAUGGCAAGAAGGUAUGUACUUGCUUUCUUCCUUUACAUAUAUCAACCCUUGUACAAUUGUCAUUUGUUUCCUAAUAAUUCCAAUACAAUAACAAAAGCUAACAGUUCCCACGGGGAGGUUUCAGUCUGACACUAGUAUUUGAUGAUGAUGAUAACCAUACCACAGGUCAUCAGAGAACGCACUUACUGCCCUCACCUUCACCAAAUCCAAAUUGGCCGUAUGGGACCCCACACCUAAUGGGGAUGUGGUUAGCCUCCACCUAUCCUAUUACAGGUACUCUACUGUUUUCUUUUCGACAGUGACUACUUAGGAUGCAUCUCAGUAGUCCAGUGGCUUUCUUAUCUCCUUCCCUUUGUCUGUACUGAUUUGAAAUACUUGGCUUACUUUGAUCUGCUUAAUUCUCUCAAAUCAGUUCAGUUGAAUCAAAGGAGACAAGGAAGCCACAUUCUAUUGAAAUGCACACUGUGACUGUAAUUAGAUAAUGUGCUUCCUUCUCUUGUACUUAAAAACCUGUUUUCUAUUGAACAGAAAUCCCAGACUACUUCUGGUGGAGAACGUUCUUCGCUUGGCCCACCGGCAUGCCCGACAGAGUAACAAGCCCCAGUUCUGCUGUUACUUGCUGGGGACUAUUGCUGUGGAUUCUGGUGAGAUUACCAUAGGCAUUAUUACAUAAAAUUGAAAAUAUUAAUAGUUCAAGAGAACUUGUCACACUAUUUUUAGAUGGAAAAUAAUGAUGAUAAUGAUGGAUUGAGUACAUAUGUUACUGCUUGCUUUCUAAGUACAACUCUUAGCUUAAGCGCUUUAUUUUGAAAAUGCCCCCUGUCCCUUCCCUUGCUUGAUGUGAACUCCCUUCUCUCUCUCCACUUCUUUCAAGAUGAAGAGGGUGUGACUUUGACUCUGGACCGGUUCGACCCGGGCCGGGAGCAACCUGGCUCCUCUGGAAAGGUCCCCACUGCCCUGAUGCCCGGGGACGUCCUGGUGCUCUGUGUUUUUGGAACCCAGGGGGUCGCUGCCACAGACACCAUGGUUCACUCUGCAGAAGAUUUCCACAUCUCUUUCAAGGUAACAUUAAUGUGUAAAUGUCUACACUGAAAGUAAAUGUCCUUUGUUAUGUUUGAAUAAAAUGAAUGCUUGUUAAGAUCUGUAGGCUUUAUGCUUACCAGCAAUAACUAUACAACAUAUUCUUACACAGUACUGUUUUUCCUACUGGAAUUUACAUUAAUCCGAACUGCACCUUGUCAAGUAACUGCCUAACGAAGUAACCCACCUUUACUUUUGUCCAGGUGACAGAAGGAGCAUACUCCCUCCACCCCGGGCUUGGCAGUUACUGCAACCUGUCGGCAACAGGUGUUGCUAAUCACUGAACUGCCAAUUGUCAAAGCAUUUUUUUCUGCUUGCUAAUACUAAACGGUGCUUUUUACCCUGUCUAAUUUCCAGAUUUUUCUUGUGGAGAAAAUAAGCAGCCCCCAUCCCCUCGUCCUUCCCUCAGAUUCUCAAGCCACUUUGUGUUUCAGUUAUUGAAGUAAAGCCGAUCUUUACAUUUUCACCACAAAUGUCAUGUUUGUACAACUUCUCUCCCCUCCUCCCUGCCUGUUCAGAUGCUCCAGCACUGCUGCAGCACCCGGGAGUCCCUGGACCUGUCCAAGCUGCUUGCCCUGCGAGCACACCUCGGCUGCUCCCAGCAAGCAGACAGCCUGGGCUUCUGCCUGCGCUGGGCCGCCGUCACCCCCGGCAACACACUGGACGCUGUGCCCAUUCGGCCCGUGCUCAUCAUCCCCACGGCCCUGGCCAGAAACCUGAGCGGACCGACCAGCCUCACCCAGCCGCUACACAGCAGCGCUAACCACAAACGAGGGUAAGGACAUAGGCCAAUAACGGGGUGCGGUAAGGUUAGGAUACUUGACUUUGAGCAGACGUUAAGAGCUUAUCUCAGUGUUAUCAGAAAAUGGAUGCCCCCUUCACUUUUUCUCUAUUCUGUUCAGCUUUCUGACCAUGGAUCAAAGCAGGAAACUGCUCCUAGUACUGGAAUCUGACCCGAAGGCCUACACUCUACCACUGGUGGGACUGUGAGUAUACCCACCAUGUACUUUAUUUACAUCAUUUUCUUUGUCCAGCUUGUGUUAUUAUUUUGGAUGUGCGUAAAUCCCCCUCCAUUCAUUAGAGAUAAUCUGAACCACAAAAGGAUUUGUCCUUCCUUAUUGUAUUCAUUUAGUCAAGCUGUUUGUGUGCGUGCGUGUGAGCCAACGCAGGAGUGUACAGUUUGGUUGACGUGGUUACGUUUAUCUGUGGCAGAUGGCUGAGUGGGGUCAACCACAUAUCCAACCCCCAGGUGUGGGCGUGGUGUCUGAGGUACCUGUUCAGCUCCUCCCUCCAGGACAAGUGAGUGGGGAUGCCCAUCUGUUCACACAUUAGAAAAUAGCACACUGACUGUCAUGUCCUAGUUGGCCUUGCUCCAGUACUGUAUGUGUUGUUGAUAUUGACACAUGUUCAUAAACACUUUUUAUAAACAUGAGAAAAGGACACAUCAGUAAGGAAAUAACAUGCGUUAGUAUAGAAACUACAUGUUCUAGACAUCUUAUAAAGGUGAUGGGUUGACGUUUGGGAAAAGCACCAAAACAAUUGUAAUGGGAGGGUGUGUUCACUGUUCAGGUAGUCUGGAUUUGUGUUUGGUUCAGUGUUCCACAACAUUUGCCUGAUACUGAACAUACCCCUGGUUUGUCAUUGUUGUGUUGCAGGGUGACGUCGGAGAGCGGUGCGUUCCUGGUGGUGCUGUACUCGCUGACCCACAGGGAGCCAGAGUUCUACCAGGUCCAGCCCUGCAGCGGUCAGCAGCAGGACAUGACCUUCCAACUGCUCACAAGCACUGAGUCACUCACCCUCUACAAGGUAGGCACACGUAUGCCUGAUUCAAACUAUAGGGCUGACCAGAACCGUGCUGGCUUGGACAUUUCCCUUUCAGAUUGUCCCCUCCAGCAGCUAUGGUGGAUGUGUUAACCAUCUCAGUACAGUUUGGCUCGGCUCAGUAGUAUGAAAAGCCCUCUAGUGACCUUUACCAACUAUUACAACAGAUAUGAAUUUAUAUGGUGGUAAAUCCAUGUGAAUAUAUGACACUUAUCUUUUGUUCCUUGUCUGUGCAGAAUGUGGAGGAGUCCGAGGGCCGUACUCUGCAGUUUGAGCUCAGUGCUGAGAGCCAGAACCACGAGGCAGAGUUCUUCAGGGAACUGGUGUCCCGUGCCUCCUUCAUAAGGUAUAUAUACACAGGCUCUUCUCUCAAACUUCUGUAUUAACAUGGUUUUACUUAGUCUAGUGCAGUGGAUAGGUGGUCAAGGUGAAUAGGGCCGUCUCACUCUGAGUGUUGGCUUUUUGUCUGUGUGUUGGGUCACAAGAAAAUCAUUAGUCAUAUGUUAUUAAAUACUAACUGAACUCAUGAGGAAAAAAUCCUGUAAGAGUAUCUAUGACUUCAGAGGAGUUGCAGUGUGGUAGACAAAAGGCUUUAUCAAGACAGUGGGCUCUACGGUGUUUGACAGUGCCUGUCUGUCUUUUCUCCGUAAGCCCUGCAGUAGUGGCAGUGUCUCCUCAGAACAGACUGUCUAUCAGUGACCAUGACUCUGGAGUAGAGGACGAGGACCUCUCCCCCAGGCCCUCCCCAAACCCCCACCCUCUCACCCAGCAGGUCAGUUGUGUGUCUCUCUCUCCCUCUCGUUUGACGCAUAUAGCCUAUUUGUUGUUAUGAACUCUGUUCUAAAAGACAUGCUCCAUGUUGUUUCAGACCAAGCGGGUCCACCCUUCUGUGCCAGAGCUCUCCCUGGUGAUGGACUGCAGCAUCCUGGAUGGACAGACCAUGGGCACCCCUCAUCCUCCCCUCUCAGCUCUGCAGCCCAGAGGCAGCAGCCCCCCCUCCCACCAGUUCCACCCUGGGGCAACCAGACCCCCAGGCCAGGGGCCCACCACACUCAGUGGCCCCCCACCCAUCAGAAAGCCCCUCACCCCUGCCAUGGACCCUCAGGGUAAGGGCAGCAGAGGAUCCCCCUUCACCCCUGGGCAGCAGCCACCACCGCUCCGGCCCCCUUCCUCCGGCAGGAAAUCGGCUCCUCUGCAGUUCGGGAAGACGUCCACCUCUUCCUCCUCCUCAUCUUCCUCUUCUUCUCCAAAGACUUGCUCCUCUCCUAAUGGAUCAGUCCACCAGGCCAGGCAGUUCCACCAAGUGCUAGGUCCCCUCUCUCACAGGGGGGCCUCCUCUGUCGGACCCCCUCCACGCCCCAGGCAUAGCCCCGGUCACCCCCCAACCCCGGCCCCCAUGCCCACUCACCAACAGCCCCCUGUCCAUCUCAAACACUUCCACAGCACCCCCAACCCCAACAUGAACCAGCCUUGUGGGUGCUGCUCCUUCCAACCACAUGACCAUGUAACCCCCCUGUACCACCCCAACUACUGGCAGGGAGCUUCAGGCACCCACAACAGCCCAGAUAGGCACUUCUGCUCCAUCUCUGAUAGUAAUCGCCCCACCUCUCAACUUUCCCCUUCCCACCAAACACACCCUCACCAUAACCCAGUGUGCCACCCUGGGGGCCCACACUUACACCAUUUCACCGCCCAGGGGCCCUGCUUGGAGCUGCCGGCCCCCGUCUGUCAGAACCAGUGUUGCCAGGCCCAGUCGGCGAAGUCUCUCUCCCCCCUGGACGGGCCCAUGGGCCUCCUGCCCUCUGAUGCCUACAGAAUCCUGGUGGACCAAGACCGGCAGCUCAAGUUACUGCAGGCACAGGUCAGGCUCUGUACGGUGUCGUUUGGUACAGUGUCAGAUAACCACAAUCUUGCAGCUUUAGAGAAGGGCUUUUCAACAGUUCUUACUAGGGAUGCACAAUAUAUCGGUAAGCAUAUCGGAAUCGGCCGAUAUUAGCUAAAAAUGCCAGCAUCGGCUCUAUGUAUAGUUUAACGCCGAUGUGCAAAACCGAUGUCAAAGCUUACGUGCAUACCUGUAUAACGUAGGUAGAUGACGUAAUGACGGCAGGAAAAAUACAGCGCUACACAACAUUCCUAACCUAGCCCACAAUGUCUGCUGUGUGGAUCUAUUCUGAAGUUUCAAAGGAAGAUAACAGAAAGGCCAUAUGCAACGUUUGUGCUGCUAUUGUUCCCUGAGGAGGGGAGAAAGUGAAAUCUUUCAAUACCACAAACCUAAUUACUCAUUUGAAAGUGCAUCACCCCCAGACGUUCAGCGACUACUUACAACAAAAGCAGAAAAAAACUAAGCUCACACUUCCAACAACUAAACAAGUUCAAGUCGAGCAGUCCUUUGGAAGAGUAAGAACAUUUCAGCGAGACAACUCAAAGGCGAAAUCCAUUAAUGCCAAGAUAAUGGAAUUCAUUGCCCUUGACAUUCUACCGUUCUCUGUCGUGGAUGAUGUUGGCUUUCGCCGACUGGUCGAGCACCGGUACACACUACCAAGUAGGCGCUAUUUUUCAGAUGUUGCCCUACCGGAGUUACACAGUAUUGUUGAAACUACAUCCAUGAACUACUUGCUAUGGGUGUCAUUGCUAUUAGCUUCACGACUGACAUUUGGACCAGCGACGUCAGCCCCAUGAGCAUGCUGAGUGUGAUGGCACAGUGGGUCAACAAGGAUUUCGUACUGAGGAAAGCCGUAUUGUAUGCUCAAGAAUGUGCUGGUUCUCAUACCGCUGCUGCCAUUUCAAUGGCAUUUGAAAACAUGUUUGAAACUUGGAAAAUCCCCAAGAACAAAGUACACGCUGUACUAUGUGAUAAUGCUUUGGAAGAAUGCGGAAUUGCCAGUUUGCCAUGCAUGGCACACAUGCCAGUGGCAAUAGGUAGGAAGAUAAAUAUCGGUAUAGGUUUUUCUUUGGUAAAGAAAAUAUCGGAUAUCGGUAUCGGCCAAAAAAUGUAAUAUCGUGCAUCCCUAGUUCUUACCCUUGCACUUGAACCAUUUUCCAAUCCUGAUGUCCCAAUUAUUUCAGAUCCAGAAGCUACUGGCGGCCCAGGGGAAAGGGGGGAGCAUCUCCACUGAGCAGGCAGCCAUGCAGACACACACCUCCCCAGGACAACCCACCAAGAGGAAUGUCAGCAUCGCUGUAGGAACAGGUACUGGACUCAUCACUGGUUUCAGCUAUCUCACUCUUGGUUCAUUUGAGAGCAUUUCCCUGACAACAUGGGGAAAGGCUUGCUGCAUAGAACUACUCACUGCAAGUCACUCUUGACUCUUAAUGCAUCUUUCCUUUCUGUGUAGGUGCCAGUCUGUUCUGGGGAAACCCCAUCGAUGCCCCCGCUUGUGAUGAGGACGAGCGCCAACAGCCAGAGUGGCACACGAACAGGGGGCCUGGUGCUCCCGAUGGCAGCAGGUCCUCCUCUGGUCGGAAUUCUGGCAGUGCCAGCCUCACCCACAGCAGGCACGUGGAUGGCACAGAAGAAGAGAGUGGGGGCAGUGAGGGACACGUUCCAGGCACACCCUCCAACCAAUCAAUGCACCAGAGGUAAGAUAGACUGGUUGGCUGCAUUCCAAACGGAAUGCUUGUUUCCUGCCAUCGGCCCUGGCUGAUCCACCUUCAUUUUAAAUUGACUGGAAGGGUGCAAGAAAGUAAUGUCGUAGUUGGCCACCUGGAACUUGGAAAGGUUUAAGGGGCAAUCUGCUGUUAAAACAAUAACAAAGUAUUAUCCCGCCACUGUUUUGGUAAAAAGUUGAGGGAUGGAGCUGGAGAAAUGUAACCACGCUCAAAUUCAUAGACGGAGCUUUGUAUGCAAAGACUGACCAUCCAUGAUAUCAAAAUGAUCGUUUUAACCAUGUUAUGAGGCUAUACAGUGUUUUUUUACAAUUGCAUUGUUCACAAACAUUGGAGUAAAACAAGCUUAUAUUUUGAUGGGGUACGACAGUUGAACUAAGCAUUUUAAAGUUAUAUUGUGCAAUAAUUAAUGGCUAUAUAAUUAAUUUAAAAGUAAAAAAAAUGAAUGUAGCAAUCACAGAUUUCCCCUUUAAGCGGAGUUUACAUCAUUUUUCUCCCUCUAUAACACAAUGGUGAGUUGUCAAUGGUUGAAAGAAAUAGACCAAGUUUUCAAUCUAAAAUCCAGCCAAAAUGUGGAAGUCAGGGUGAGCCCUCACAAUUGUUUUCAGAAGGGAGAUCCCACCCCACCAUGUGGCCAUUUCAGUAAACUCUUACUGUAUUAUGAACAGCAUGUGUUUUUGUGCGUUGUUGCAGGAUUCAGUCAGCGUUUGGAGACGGUUCCUUCCAGAGCCCUGUGUUGGGGGAGAGUGCCAGCAUGUACUACCAGUCCCAGUCUCCACAGAGGGACAACACCAAGAGUCAGGAGACCAGAGCAGUGAAGGACGAUCAGAGGUUUUAUCAAGACCUAUUGGUAAGACUCAUUCAUCUUUUAUAGGGACUUCAUUUGCUCCAUGUAUGGAGAAAAACUACGAAAGGAAACAAAAAAUAGUUAUGAGCACGGCCCAAGUGAUGAUGCAUUUGCCCCAUCUUUUAUCCUAGUUUACUUAUUUAUGGGUAGGCUUCAACAGAAUAUAGUAUUGCAGUGAAAUGGUUAAUCCACAUGUUAUGUGGCCAGCCUCCCUCCUGAUCCCUGACUAUUUGUCACUUUCCACUAAAUGUAUGAAAAGCACUUAUCAAUGAAUAAGUUCUUCUUUCCUCCACAGGGCCAAGUGAACAGCCGUCUCCAAGGAUCAGUGACCGAGGAGGAACAGGACAGACGGAUCUCGUACCCACAGCAGCAGAAACACUGCUUGUCCCCCAGACGAGUGUCCCACUCUCAGUCCCAGCAGUCGUCCCCUAGCCCUGUCCCCCUCCGCUCCCGUAGGCCGGAGCCCAGAGAGCAGCCGCCAGGAGGGAAGGACCAGGUGCUCCACGCCACACUGCGCCAGCUGCAGCAGCUAGGGGUCAAUGUGGAUCUGGACUCUGCCGACCCGGGGGGCAAGGCCACACGCAGCUCGAUGGAAAGCUCCAGGUAUGAGCAUCGAAUUGUCAUGUUUAUUCAGCAUCUUUGUACCUACAGUAUGUAGAUCAUAGAUGCUAUUACUGUUGCUAAUUGUCUUAUAUUCUCUCUCUCAUUUUCAUGUAAAUCCAAGAAGUACUCGAAAAAGAAAUGUUUCAAUUGGCAUGCACUACAGCACAUAUUAAAGAGUAAUUACAUAGGUUACAUUACUUAUGCAGAAGGUGUUCCUUUUAACUUUGAUAAAAAAUGCAGCUCUGUUUCCUUCUCCCCAGUACCCUGGCUGGCAUCAACCCAGAGGCGGUCAUCAGCAGACUGACCCUCCUGGAGUCCACGGGGACCAGCAUGUGGGGCCCCAGCGGCAGCGUGGACCUCAGCCUGGAGGCCAACGCCAUCGCCCUCCGGUACCUCAGCGACCAGCAGCUCUCUAGGCUUUCUGUGGGGGGAGGGCAACAGCCCCCCAGGGCCCUCCCUAGGUUCAGCCCCUGCACACUGCUCUCAGAGAAGCCUGGAGCGGAGAAGAUCACUGUUGGACUGAGUUGUAUCCUGUCUCCCAACAUGUCCUUCGCCACCUGCAAGUACAUGAGGAGGUACGGGCUUAUAGAGGAGGGGAGCGGGAGUGAGGAGGAGAUGGGAUAUACCGUACAGUUCCAUGUUCAACAGGAACAAGUAGGGCAGGGAGAGAGGGAGCGCAAAUGUUUGGUUCUGAAAAACAUCACCAAUGAGUUGCCACAUUGCAAACCUGUCCACCCCCAGGCGCCACAUGCAGACUCUCAAAGCCAGCUACUCAGGGACUUGCGUCCUAAAAUGCCGCUUUUGGCACGCGGCGCCAAACAACAUUCAGACAAGGAGAAUGGUGCAAAACGGCAGCCAUCUUUAGGUGAAAUGCAAAGGGAGUGUCCUCAACCAGAGGGGUCGAUGGGACAUUUCUUGGACCUGAAUAGACUUAGACAGCUGCCGAAACUCUUCUAA